UGAAGACACGCUUUAUAGGAGUGGCCACAAAAUGAACUCUGAUCGGAGAAGGAGUGGCCAUGUUCCCUCUGCUGACUUUGACACCAGAACACCAGCAAAGUGACAGGACACCCAGGAAACACAGUUGUUUGGAUCGUUUCUCCUCUUUCAGGUUGUGAUGAAGCUUUCAUCGUCAGGCCUGCGGCCAAAGGUGGCUGUGUUGUUUCUGGUCUUAAUCCAGCUGAGGACAGAGGCAAUGCAGAUAACUUCCUCAGGGCCACAAACUAUUCAGAAGCCCGUGGGUGAUACGGUCCAACUGGGUUGCACCUUCACCCCUGGUUCUCAAGACACCGGAGAGCUGGAUAUUGAGUGGAGUAAUGUCAGUCCGGAUAUGACACAAAAGGACAACCUGAUUUUGUCAUACUCAGCGGGUCAGACCCACUACUAUGACAUCAACGCGAACAGGAUCAAAUUCAGUGAAAAUCCGGUGCAGGGCGACGCCUCCCUCUCCAUUUUCAGCGUGACGCUCUCAGACACAGGAACGUACCAGUGCAAAGUCAAAAAGUCACCUGGCGUGGACAUGAGAAAAGUGACCCUGGUGGUGAUGGUCCCCCCAUCAGUCCCAAAGUGUUGGGUUGAAGGCAGUGAAGAAAAGGGUGGCACUGUUUCUAUGCGCUGCAACUCCUUGAAGGGAUCCUCUCCUCUCAUGUACACAUGGAAACGAGAGACCGGAGGUGCAAUGCCAACCACGGCAACCCAAGACCCACAGACAGGAGAGAUUCUGUUUAAGAACCACACAGACAGCAACGCUGGGAAAUACGUGUGUGAGGUAAAAAAUGCAGUCGGUCAACAGCAGUGCGCCUACUUUCUGAAGGCAUACAACCCUACCGAUAAAGUGGGUGUCAUAGUGGGUGCCGUGUUCGGUGCUCUGCUGCUGCUGCUUCUCCUGCUGUUUCUCAUCUGGCUGCUGAUCUGCUGCUGCCAAAAGAAGCGCUACCAGAAAGAGGCUGCAAAUGAAAUUAGGGAGGAUGUCCCAGCCCCAGAGAGUAGACCCACCAGCAGACAAUCCAGCAGACGCUCCACCUACCAACCGGUGGUGGGAUACCGGACUCAUCAUGGGUUGCAGUACAACUCCUUGGUGACCCCCCAGCCCAACGGCAGUGAACUUGGCAUCACCUCCACAGGAAGCAUUAAUGGACGAGCUCAAAUGAGUGACACUGCUCCUCGCCUUCAUUACGACCCUCAAUAUGGAUAUGCUGUGUGACCGCCGGCAUGAAGCUACCUGUCAAGUUUAGGACGAGUGACUGGGGGUGCAAUAAUACAUUUAGGCGCUGAACAAAAGGAAUGUCUGUGUUACUAUGGCUCACACGGAGUCAAUGUCUCACUUUUGUAAACACUACAACCGUCUACAUCAAUUAUUGUAAAACUGGAUGUAAUCUGUAAAUACAGAAAAAACA